UUUGAGGGUGAGAUAUAUCCGUUGAGACUAUUAAGCCGGAUCCAAAAAAUUUUUUUAAUUUUAGCGUUACGAGACAGCGGUCAUGCAAAUGCUUGAACAGAAGGGCGUAAUUAAUGGAUUUAGUAAAUUACUCAAUACAGUAACCCCUGUCGAUGCAAGUACUUGUAUGUUUCCACCCAAUCUUUUUGCACAUGCUGGAAGUGGAUUUGGAUUAACUAAUUAG